UUCCGGAGGCGGAGAGGACUGGCGGGGCGGGGUGGGGGGGGGGCGGAGGCGAGGACGGGGGAGGCGGGAAGGGUGCGCACCGCCCGCCCCCUCCCUCCCCCCGCCUCGGCCCUGAAGGGGGCUGGAUGGGCGAGUUGGGCGCGAUGGCUCGAGCCUGGGCGGCGGCGGCGGCGGCAGCCGGAGGUGGCGGCGCGUCUUCCUCUUUGCCCCGGCGCCGGCGGUGAUCGGAGCGAGCGGCCGCGGCCCCCGAUGAGACUGCUCGCGGGCUGGCUGUGUCUGAGCCUGGCGUCCGUGUGGCUGGCGCGGAGGAUGUGGACCCUGCGGAGCCCGCUCACCCGCUCCCUGUACGUGAACAUGACGAGCGGCCCGGGCGGGCCGGCGGCGGCCGCGGGCGGCAGGAAGGAGAACCACCAGUGGUAUGUGUGCAACAGAGAGAAGUUAUGCGAAUCACUCCAGGCUGUUUUUGUUCAGAGUUACCUUGAUCAAGGGACACAGAUCUUCUUAAACAACAGCAUUGAGAAAUCGGGCUGGCUAUUUAUCCAAUUAUAUCACUCUUUUGUAUCAUCUGUUUUUAGCCUGUUUAUGUCUAGAACAUCUAUCAAUGGGUUGUUAGGAAGAGGCUCAAUGUUUGUGUUUUCACCAGAUCAGUUUCAGAGACUGCUUAAAAUUAAUCCAGACUGGAAAACCCAUAGACUUCUUGAUUUAGGUGCUGGCGAUGGAGAAGUCACAAAAAUCAUGAGCCCUCAUUUUGAAGAAAUUUAUGCCACUGAGCUGUCUGAAACUAUGAUAUGGCAGCUUCAGAAGAAGAAAUACAGAGUGCUUGGUAUAAACGAAUGGCAGAAUACAGGGUUCCAGUAUGAUGUCAUCAGCUGCUUGAAUUUGCUGGACCGCUGUGAUCAGCCCCUGACUUUGUUAAAAGAUAUCAGAAGUGUCUUGGAGCCAACUAGAGGCAGGGUCAUCCUUGCUCUGGUCUUACCUUUUCAUCCCUAUGUGGAAAACGUAGGUGGCAAGUGGGAUAAACCAUCAGAAGUUUUGGAAAUCAAGGGACAGAACUGGGAAGAACAAGUGAACAGUCUGCCUGAAGUUUUCAGAAAAGCUGGUUUUGUUAUCGAAGCUUUCACCAGACUGCCGUACCUGUGUGAAGGCGACAUGUAUAAUGACUACUAUGUUCUAGAUGACGCUGUCUUUGUUCUCAAACCAGUAUAAACACGUGGAGGUCGAAGUCUUCAGAGUCCACCCCAAGAAUCUACAGCACCUUCAACAUGGGCUUCCAGUGGCUAAAGUGACCUACCACGUUUGUGAAGAUGCCCAAGUACCCCACAAAUAAGCUUAUAUCCAAUGCACCUGUGUUGCAGCUGGAAGCCAGUGGACUGAGCCAGGGCUGUCCAGGCCAAGUUCUGCUGCCUAGGAGUCCCCUGAGCACAAAGCUGGGCUCAUAAUUGACUUGAAACAACCAGGAUGCUCACUAAGUCACAACUUACCAAAGAUACAGAAUCAUAAAUUGGCAGAAGGACGUUCACACUGUAUCCACGCUAAGAUCUAAGUGAAAAAAAUGCAUCCAGGAUCAUUAAGGAAAUAUUACUGCAAUAUAAAAUUCGACAGCCUGCCUUUUUGCAAUUAGUGGAUGAUGAGACGAGAGCUAGGCAACAGUGAACAGCACAAUAAAAACAGUUUCACGUUUACUGUGGCUAUCUGCAUAUUCAUAUAUUUUGCUGCUUGCCUUAUCAAUUCUAAUAUAUUUGUAUUGUCUGUCUUCUAUGUAGUAGUUGAUUCUAACUUUUUAGUUGUCAUUUGCUUUUUAAAAUUUUAUUUUAAAGUAAACUUUUAUUUUGGAAUCAUGUUAGAUUUGGAGAAACCUUGCAAAGAUAGUACAGACAGUUCCUGUAUAUCCUUAACACCCUAAUGUUAUCUUUCUUAGUAGCCAUGAUAUGUUUGUCUAAACUAAGAAAUUAACGUUGGUAUACUACUACUUAAGUAAGCUACUGCCUACUGCAGUUUUGCCCAUUAAUGACCUUUUUUUUUUCUGUCUUAGGAGCCAGUUCAGCAUACCAUAUUCCAUUUAGUUGCUUACUUUUAAAAUUGUUAGUGUUUACUGACACAGUACCGUUAUUUAUCUUUUUCUUCCAAUUUUUUAUUGUAAAAUCACAUGAAAUUUACCAUCUUAACCAUCUUUAAGUGUUCAGGUCAGCGGUAUUUUCGUACAUUCAUAUUGUGCCACCAUCACUACAGUCCAUCUUUACUCUUCAUUUUGCAAAACUGAAACUCUGUACCCAUUAAACAGGAACUCCCCAUUCCCUCUUCAUCCCCAGCCCCUGGCAAUCACUAUUCUACUUUCUAUGAAUUUGACUGUUCUAGGUACUUCCUAUAAGUAGAAUCAUACAAUGUUUCUCUUUUUGUGACUGGCUUGUUUCACUUAGGGCAAUGACCUCAAGGUUCAUCCUUGUGUCAGAAUUUCUUCCUUUUUUUUUUUUUUUUUUUAACUUUUUGGUCAUGCUGUGUGGCGCGUGGGAUCUUAGUUCCCUGACCAGGGAUUUUAUUGUAAAAUCACAUGACAUUUACCAUCUUAAUCAUUUUUAAGUGUUCAGUUAAAACCAAGUGGAAGCUUGGGAGUCUUAACUGCUGGACCACCAGGGAAGCCCCUCUUCCCUUUUUAAGGCUGAAUAAUAUUCCAUUAUAUGUAUUUCGCUUAUCCAUUCAUCUGUCAGUGGACAGCUGGGUUACCUCCACCUUUCUAUUAUUGAGAAUAAUAAAAUGCUGCCAUGAACCUGGGUGUACAAAUAAUCUGUUGAGUCGCUGUUUUCACUUCUUUUGGGUAUAUACCCAGAAGUCGAGUUGCUGGAUCAGAGGGUAAUUUAUAUGUUUAAUUUUUUAAGGAAUUGCCAUAUUGUUUUCUACAGUGGCUGCAGCAUUUUACGUUCCCACCAACAGUGCACAAGGGUUCUAAUUUCUCCACAUCCUCCCUAACACUUGUUAUUUUGUAUUUUUCUUGAUAGUAGCAUUCAGUGGCUGUGAGGUGGUAUCUAGUGGUUUUGAUUUGCAUUUCCAUGAUGAUUUGUUUUUAUAGUACAAUUUGUAUAGCAUUGAGUUUCACUUACUAGUAACUUGUACUUUGUAGCUUGCUGUCUAUAUUGGUAUCAAUGAAUAUGGAAUCAGUGUCCACUGAUACCAAAGUACCUCUUUUUAGUUAUGAAAUUUCAUACCUCUGGAGACUUAGGAGAAUAUUAUUACGUAACUAGAAUUUAAGAUUUCCCUCUGGAUUUGAGAGUCAAUGUGCUGUAUUCACAUGAAUUAAAUACUAGUAUAUUUUUGAUACAAGACCACUUAAAAAUUACUUUCAAUAAGUAUAAAAUGAAAAGAUCCCCUCACUCCACCCCCAAAUAAAUGACCAUGUGAAAUUGGAAUGUCUUACACACCUGCAUUUCUUAAAUUCUGGAAAAUAAUGAAGAACAGAUAGAAUGCCCAAAUGCUGUUUUCUUAGGUCCCGUUCAGCGUCAACACAGAACAUUGGUUUUAAAUGCCUCUGAACUCUCAACACUUUUCAAAUGGUAGAGUUGAGGUGUUUGAGAAUACACUGAGAAUAGUGGCAGUCCUUUUUAUACUCAGCAGAACAAAAGGGUUUUCCCUGCACUUGAUUUUGCCAUCUUGUUUUUAUUAUUUAUUAUUUAUAAGGUGGCUGGGACUGAUUGUAAAGCCCUACUGGUUUUGGCAUUAUAAGUAGUAUGUUGGUUAUAGAAAAAGUAGAAGAUACAGACAGGUGUAAAGAAGAAAAUGCAAGUAGAUUUUACCUGUACCAUUAUCUUAGAACACCACUAUUAACAUUUUGGUAUAUGCCCUUCUAGACUUUUUUACAUGCACAUAUGUACUUACACUUACACAUUUACAAAUUAACAUUAAAAAAUCUGACAAUGAAAAGAUACUUUUAUUCUUCCAAGAUGAAUCAUGUGAAACUCAGAUACCUAUUUUUUUUUUUAAUUUAUUUUUAUUACUUUUGGUUGUGUUGGGUCUUUGUUGCUUUGCAUGGGCUUUCUCUAGUUGUGGUGAGUGGGGGCUAGUCUUCAUUGUGGUGUACAGGCUUCUUAUUGCGGUGGCUUCUCUUGGGGAGCACCGGCUCUAGGUGCGAGGGCUUCAGUAGUUGCAGCAGGCGGGUUCAGUAGUUGUGGCAAACAGGCUUAGUUGCUCUUCGGCAUGUGGUAUCUUCCAGGACCAGGGAUCGAACCGUGUUCCCUGCAUUGGCAGGCUGAUUCUUAACCACUGCACCACCGGGGAAGUCUGACACCUAUUUUCUAAAACAAAAAUUGACAAAGAAUGGAAGACAUUUUCUAUCAUGUAGUGCUUGAGAGUAAGCUUCAUGUUUAAAGGAUUAAACCAGGAGCCUGGGGAUAAAAGGAUGUUUUUGAGCAUGCUGAUAAAUAUUAUAACUAUUUAUAAAUAAUAUAAAUACUAUAUUAAAACCAUAAGAUGACCAACAGAGCAGCACAGUUGGCCAUUUCUGAAGAGAAUGUCUAAUUUUGCCACUGACAAAAUAAUGUCAGUUAAUUUUUUUUAAUUUCAAGCAUUGAGAUGUGUUUCAUUAAAUGUAAAGGACUGAAUAAGGAAAUCUCUGGAGUUCACAAUUAUAUCUUCAUUAGAAAAGACAGUUAUGCAUAAUUCUACCAUGAAAACCCAACACUUCAAUGUAUUUCCUUUCUGUUUUAAUACAAGUGCAUAUACAUAUAUUACUUCAUAUUUGGCUUUUUUUGAAUAUAAAAUUAUUUGUGUUUCUAUUGUACAGUCUUUGUUAAUACCCAUUUAAAUAGCUG